AUGAGAAGAGGAAACAUCUCUCCUGCCUUCUGGUUCCUGUGGCUGCUUCUCUUUGGACUUCUGGGACCCAGCUCUGAGAAUACCAUAGACUUCACAGAAGGCUCUGACACCACCACAGCCUCCAUCACAGGCUCUGAGACCACCACGGCCUCCACCAUGGCCUCUACUAUGGCCUUAACUGCAGGCUCUAAGAUCACCACAGACUCUACCACAGGCUCUGAGACCAACACGGCCUCCACCACAGACUCAGGGACUACUGGAGCCUCCACUAGGACCUUCACCACAGGCUCUGACACAACCACAGCCUCCACUGCAGGCUCUGAAACUAUCGUGGCCUCCACCGCAGUCUCUGAGACCACAACAUCCUCUACUACAGCCUCCACUACAGUCCCUGAGACUACCAUGGCCUCCAGCACAACCUCCACUGCAGGCUCUGAGACAACGAUGGCCUCCACCAUAACUUCUGAAACCACCAUGGCCUCCACCACAAGUUCUGAGACCGCCACCGUCUCUACCACAGGCUCUGAGACCACCACCACCUCCACUGCAGGCUCUGGGGCCACUAAAGUCUCUACCACAGACUCUGAAACCACCACAGCAUCUACUGCAGGUUCUGAGACCACCUCCUCCACCUCCACGGCAGGCUCUGAGGCCACCACAACCUCAACUGCAGACUCCAAGGUGAUCACGGCAUCCAGCAUGAGCUCUGAGACCACUAUGGCCUCCACUGCAGGCUUUAACACCACCACAGCCUCUACCACAGGCUCUGAGACCACUACAGUCCCUAUUAAAGCCUCUGAGACCACUACAGCCUCUACAGCAGGUUCUGAGACCACCACCUACACCCCCACAGGCUCUCAGACCACCAUAGUCUCUAUUUCAGGUUCUGAGAUCACCACCACCUCCACGGCAGGAUCUGAGACUACCACACUCUCUAGUGCAGGCUCUGAGACCACUACAGUCUCUACCACAGGCUCUGAAACCACUACAGUCUCCACCAUGGGCUCUCAGACCACCAUAACCUCUACUGCAGGCUCUGAGACCACCACAGUCUCAACUUCAGGCUCUGGAACCACCACAGCCUCUACUGCAGAUUCUGAGACCACUGCAGCCUCUACUACAGGCUCUGAGACCACCAUGGCAUCCACCAUGAGUUCUGAGACCACUGCAGCCUCUACCACAGGCUCUGAGACCACCAAGAUCUCCAAUGCAAGCUCUGAGAUGACCACAGUCUUCACUGCAGGCUCAGAGACCAUCGCAGCCUCUACCAUGGGCUCUGAGACAACCAUGGCAUCCACCAUAAACUUUGAGACCACUGUAGUCUCUACCAUAGGUUCUGAGACCACCACAGCCUCUACUGCAGACUCUGAGACCACCGCAGCCUCCACCAUGGGCUCUGAGACCACCACAGUCUCAGCUGCAGGCUCUGAGACCACAGUCUCCAUUGCAGGUUCUGAGACCACUGCAGCCUCUACUAAAGAUUCUGAAACCAACAUAGCAUCUACUGAAGAUUCUGAGAGUACCUCAGCCUCUACUACAGGGUUUGAGACAACUAUAGCCUCUACUACAGGCUCUGAGGCCACUAUGACAUCCACCAUGGGCUCUGAGACCACUAUGGCCUCUACCAUAGGCCCUGAGACCACCAAGGUUUCCACUGCAAGCUCUGAGAUGAUCACAGUCUCUGCUGAAGGCUCUCAGACCACCACAGCCUCUACCACAGGCUCUGGGACCACUACAGACUUUAAUACCAGCCCUGAGACCGCCACAGCCUCCACCAUGGGCUCUGAGACCACCACAGAUUCUACCACAGGCUCUGAGACCACCACAGCCUCUACUGAAGGCUCUGAGACCACUACAGUCUCUGCCACAGGCUCUGAGACCACCACAGUCUCUACCACAGGCUCUGAGACCACUACAGUUUCAUCCACAGGCUUGGAGACCACCAUCACUACCAUUGAAGACUCUGAGAUGACUAUAGUCUCCACCACAGGCGCUGAGACCACCACAGCCUCUACUGAAGGCUCUGAGACUACUACAGUAUCUGCCACAGGCGCUGAGACCACCACAGCCUCUACUGAAGGCUCUGAGACCACUACACUCUCCACCACAGGCUCUGAGACCACUAAAGUUUCUAUCACUGGCUCAGAGACCACUACCACUUCUACUGAAAGCUCUGAGAUGACUACAGUCUCCAUCACAGGCUCUGAGACCACUAAAGUUUCUAUCACUGGCUCAGAGAACACUACCACUUCUACUGAAAGCUCUGAGAUAACUACAGUCUCCAUCACAGGCUCCGAGACCACCAGAGCCUCUACUGAAGGCUCCGAGAACACCUCAACCUCUACUACAGACUCUGAGACCACCACAUCCUCUACUACAAGCUCUGAGACCACUAUGGCAUCCACCAUGGGCUCUGAGACCAUUAUGGCCUCUACCAUAGGCUCUGAGACCACCAAGGUCUCCACUGCAAGCUCUAAAAUGACCACAGUCUUCACCGAAAACUCUGAGACCACCAUAGCCUCUACCACAGGCUCUGAGACCACCACAGUCUCCACUCCAGGCUUUGAGACCAUCCCAGCCUCUACAGCAGGCUCUGAGACCACCAUCACCUCUACUGAAGGCUCUGAUGCCACUACAGUCUCUACCACAGGCUCUGAGACCACCACAGCCUCUACUGAAGGCUCUGAGACCACUACACUCACUACCACAGGCUCUGAGACCCCAACAAUCUAUACCACCAUCACCUCUACUGAAGGCUCUGAUGCCACUACAGUCUCUACCACAGGCUCUGAGACCACCACAGCCUCUACUGAAGGCUCUGAGACCACUACACUCACUACCACAGGCUCUGAGACCCCAACAAUCUAUAACACAGGUUCUGAGACCACCACAGCCUCUACUGCAGGCUCUGAGAUAACCGCCACCUCUACUGAAGGCUCUGAGACCACCACAGCCUCUACUGAAGGUUCUGAGACCACUACAGUUUCUACCACAGGCUCUGAGACCACCACAGUCUCUGCUGAAGGCUCUGAGACCACCACAGUCUCUGCUGAAGGCUCUGAGACCACUACAGUCACUACUAUGGGCUCUGAGACCACCACGGCCUCUACUGCAGGCUCUGAGACCACCACAGAUUCUACCACAGGCUCUGAGACCACCACAGCCUCUACUGAAGGCUCUGAGACCACUACAGUCUUCACCACGGGCUCAGAGACCACCACAGGCUCUACCACAGUCUCUGAGACCACCAUGGCCUCUACUGAAGGCUCUGAGACCACUACAGUCUCCACCACAGGCUUGGAGACCACCAUGGUCUCUACCACAGGCUCUGAGACUACCAUCACCCCUACUGAGGGUUCUGAGACCACUACAGUCACUACUGCAGGCUCUGAGUCCACAACAGUCUAUACCACAGGCUCUGAGACUACCACCACCUCUACUGAAGGCUCUGAGACUACCACAGUCUCUACCAUGGGCUCUGAGACCACCACAGCCUCUCCCGCAGCUUUGGAGACCACCACAGUCUCCACCACAGGCUCUGGGACCACCACAGCCUCUACUGCAGGCUCUGAGACCACAACAGUCUAUACCACAGGCUCUGAGACUACCACCACCUCUACUGAAGGCUCUGAGACCACUACAGUUUCUACCACAGGCUCUGAGACCACCACGACCUCUACCACAGGCUCUGUGAUGACUACAAUAUCUACCACAGUCUCUGAGACCACCAUGGUCUCUACCAUAGGCUCUGAGACCACCACAUCCUCUACUGCAGGCUCUGAUGCCACCACCACCUCUACUGAAGGCUCUGAGACCACCAUGGCCUCCACAGCAGGCUCUGAGAUCAGCACAGCCUGUACCACAGGUUCUGAGACCUCCACAUCCUCCAGUGCAGGCUCCGAGACCAACACUGCCUUCAUCAUAGGCUCUGAGACCACCAUAGCUUCCACUGCAAGCUCUGAGCCCACUGCAACUUCCCUCACAGGCUCUGAGACCACCACAGUCUCUAUCACAGCUUCUGGGGCCACUGCAGCCUCCACCACUGUCUCUGCCACCACUUUUGUAUCCACCAAGGCCACUGACGUGUCUAUUCAGCCCAUCACCAACACAGCUAUAUCAGGCACCAAGACCACUGGAACCAGACCCACCGCCUCCAGCUCUGUCACCAUGACCUCUGGAAUGGACUCCACAGCCUCUGCUGCCAGCCAUAUUGUGCCAGGAAUAGUCCCAAACACCUCUGGCCUGGAUACAUCUACUAGGGGAGCAUCAUCUACCACCUCAGCCCCUGGUGUCAGGACCACCACAGGAUCCACCCAUGAGCCAACUAGCAGCACCUCCCAGGAAACAGGCCCAGUAUCCACAGGCACGAACACAGUUAGCAUGAGCCACAUGCCCACAAACGUGAUCAAACCAAGUGGAUAUUUACAGCCCUGGGCUAUCAUCCUCAUUUCCCUGGCUGCAGUCGUGGCUGGUGUUGGAUUGUCAGUAGGACUGAGUUUUUGUCUGAGAGACCUUUUCUUCCCCCUGAGGAAUUGUGUUUAUUACCCCCAUGGCCACAGCCAUGGCCUUGGUCUGGACCUGGACUUGGGCCUGGGCUCUGGGACAUUCCACAGCCUGGGAAAUGCUCUGGUUCAUGGAGGAGAACUUGAAAUGGGACAUGGAGGAACAUGUGGCUUUGGACAUGGAGUGGGCCAUGGACUGAGCCACAUCCAUGGAGAUGGCUACGGAGUGAAUCAUGGCGGGCGUUAUGGACAUGGAGGAGGCCACGGAGGAGACCAUGGAGUGGAUCACAGAGGAAGCCACCAAGAAGGCCAUGGCAGGACAAGAUGGCUGUGGCCAUAG